AUGCGCUCGGAGGUCUUCAAUGAGGACAACCCCUUUGAAUGGCCUCUGUUCACCUCUGUCGAUGCUGUCCGAUCUGAGUUUGCUCCUGGCGCUGCUAUCAUGGUCGCUAUUGGCGGCUGGGGUGAUACUGAGGGCUUUUCCGUGGCUGCAGCGACUGACGCAAGUCGAAAGCGGUUUGCAGCAAAUGUGAAAGCCAUGGUUGACGCGAAAGGAGCCGACGGUGUUGAUGUGGAUUGGGAAUAUCCCGGCGGCAACGGAGAUGACUACAAGCAAGUCCCGAACUCUGCUAAAGCCUGGGAGGUGGACGCAUUUCCUAAACUGCUAGCUGAAAUACGCUCGGCUUUGGGUCCAGACAAACUGAUCUCGGCGGCUGUCCCUGGUCUUCGGAGAGACAUGAUUGCUUUCACAGCCGAUACAGUUCCCCAGAUUGAUCAAUCUUUGGACUUCUGGAAUAUCAUGACUUAUGACUUGAUGAACCGAAGAGAUAACGUUACAAAGCAUCAUGCCGGAGUUGUUGAAGCCUUGGACGCCAUCGAUGCAUAUCUCGAACGAGGUGUUCCCGUUGACAAGGCAAACCUGGGGUUUCCCUUCUACGUCAAAUGGUUUAAGACUGACCCGAAGAGUAACUGCGAUGUGCAUCCCCUGGGGUGUCAGACAGUGCUUAUGGAAGAUCCUGUAACAGGUGCCGACUUGGGACAAGCAGGGGCAUUCUGCUGGGCUGAUGAUGUGCCUCCGGAAUUGGCAACCUCUUACGCCAGAGCUAUGAAGUACGGCAUGUAUGAUCUCGAACGUGGUGGCCACUACUACUGGGAUGCAGACGAGGGUAUUUUCUGGUCUUGGGAUACUCCUGAAUCGAUAGCUCGCAAGAUUACAGUCAUGGAUACGAGAAAGCUCAGCAGCGUCUUCGCCUGGGGUCUAGGUGAGGACUCGAGAGAUUGGAGACACCUGAGAGCUCUGACUGCAAUGUACCAGAAUCACACGCGGCUCGAAGUCCACGUUCGCAAAAAGGGAAAAGAUGAACUUUGA